UCAUUCCGCAUUGCGUUGCGCGUUCUUCAUAGCUCGAGCUCUGAGGAAAAAAGAAGAAAUGGAGCCUACCAAUUACAUCUACAGGAAUCCUAACGCAUCCGUAGAAGAUCGGAUCAAAGAUCUUCUCUCGCGGAUGACUUUGGCGGAAAAAAUUGGUCAGAUGACUCAAAUCGAGCGCACUGUGGCCACUCCCUCUGCCCUUAGGGAUUUCGCGAUCGGGAGCGUUCUCAGUGCCGGCGGUAGCGCGCCUUUUCAUCAAGCGGUGUCGUUGGAUUGGGCGGAGAUGAUUGAUCGGUUUCAGCAUUCGGCGCUUCAGUCGCGGCUUGGAAUUCCGAUCAUAUACGGGAGCGAUGCUGUCCAUGGGAAUAACAAUGUUUAUGGUGCGACGAUUUUUCCUCACAAUGUUGGCCUUGGAGCCACCAGAGAUGCUGAUUUGGUUAGAAGAAUCGGGACGGCAACAGCUCUUGAAGUUAGGGCGAGUGGUGUUCACUAUGCAUUUGCCCCUUGUGUUGCUGUAACCAGAGAUCCAAGAUGGGGAAGGUGCUAUGAGAGUUACAGUGAAGAUACUGAAAUUGUUAGAAAAAUGACUUCUUUAGUUGAAGGGUUGCAGGGGAAGCCGCCUGAAGGGUACCCAAAGAGCUAUCCAUUUGUAGCCGGAAGAAAUAAUGUUAUAGCAUGUGCUAAACAUUUUGUUGGAGAUGGGGGAACUGAUAAAGGUUUGAAUGAAGGAAAUACCAUUACAUCUUAUGAUGACUUGGAAAGGAUCCAUAUGGCUCCUUACCUGGACUGUAUAGCUCAAGGAGUUUCAACUGUUAUGGCAUCUUAUUCGAGCUGGAACGGACGUCCGCUUCAUGCCGACCGUUUUCUGCUGACAGAAGUUUUAAAAAACAAGCUUGGGUUUAAGGGUUUUGUUAUAUCCGACUGGGAAGGAAUUGAUCGUCUUACCCGACCAAGAGGCUCGAACUAUCGAUUUUGCGUCUCAGCUGCAGUUAAUGCUGGAAUAGACAUGGUAAUGGUGCCGCUUCAAUAUGAUCUGUUCAUCAAGGAAUUGCUGUUUCUGGUAGAAUCUGGGGAGAUUCCAAUGGCUAGAAUUGAUGAUGCUGUUGAACGGAUAUUGAGAGUCAAGUUCGUUGCUGGUGUUUUUGAACAUCCUUUCAGUGAUAGAUCAUUGCUAGACGUUGUUGGCUGCAAGCUUCACCGAGAUCUAGCUAGAGAAGCUGUUCGCAAGUCAUUGGUUCUGUUGAGAAAUGGUAAAGACCCAAUGAAACCCUUUCUUCCCUUAGACAGGAAAGCCAAGAAGAUUCUUGUGGCUGGUUCACAUGGUGAUGAUCUUGGAUAUCAGUGUGGAGGGUGGACAAUGUCAUGGGAUGGGAUGUGUGGCAGAAUCACGAUUGGCACCACCAUCUUAGAUGCAAUCAAAGAAACGGUUGGAGACAAAACAGAGGUAAUAUACGAGGAAUAUCCAUCAACAGACACCUUGAAUGAUCGAGAUAUAUCUUUUGCUAUCGUGGUUAUUGGUGAAAGUCCAUACGCCGAAUUCACCGGCGACGACUCGAAGCUCAUUAUACCGUUCGACGGAAAUGACAUUGUAAAAACAGUUGCUAGCAAAAUCCCCACACUGGUAAUUAUAAUAUCUGGUAGACCUCUUGUUUUAGAGCCAACAAUCAUGGAGAAUGUUGAAGCUCUCAUAGCUGCUUGGCUUCCUGGAAGUGAAGGAAGCGGGAUCACCGAUGUUAUCUUUGGCGAUUACGAUUUCACGGGUCGAUUACCAGUUACGUGGUUUAGAACGAUCGAGCAACUCCCAGUCCAUGCUGAGAAUAAUUUGCAAGAUUCAUUAUUCCCUUUUGGCUUUGGGUUAACACAUGGUAAGGAGAAAUCUCAUGAGUGAUCAUAUGAGUUCAGUCAUGAACUGAAUAUAUUCUACAGGAAAUUGUGCUGAUAGUUUGUGGGGGAGUUUGUAUGCGUUGUUUUUAGUUCAAUAAAUUUGGCUCAGUUUUUUGUUGGAA